GCAAUCGCCGUAGCGGAAGUCUGCUCGCGGUGGUUUCUUAUUUUUCUGCUCUCAGGCGCGGCACGGGCACCUCUCCGGCAAGGCCCAGUCGCCAGGGCUGGGCAGAGCCCAUGGCCGCGGGCUCCUUCUUCGCUGCCCACCACCCUCUCCGCCGUCCCGGGGCCUGGCCCCGGGUGUCCACGGGCCGCCAUGGGCCCCGAGAUGGAGCCGCUGUUCCUGGCCUGGAGCUAUUUCAGGCGCAGGAGGUUCCAGCUCUGCGCCGAUCUGUGCACGCAGGUGCUGGAGAAGUCCCCCUAUGACCAGGCAGCCUGGAUUUUGAAAGUGCGGGCACUAACUGAAAUGGUGUACAUAGAUGAAGUUGAUGUAGAUCAAGAAGGAAUUGCAGAAAUGAUUCUGGAUGAAAACGCUAUUGCUCAAGUGCCACGCCCCGGAACAUCCCUGAAACUGCCCGGGACAAGUCAGACAGGAGGGCCCAGUCAAGCUGUCAGGCCACUCACUCAAGCUGGGAGGCCCAUUACUGGUUAUCUCAGGCCCAGCACACAGGGAGGAAGGCCAGGUACAAUGGAACAGGCCAUCAAAGCACCCAGAACUGCCUACACAGCCCGCCCUAUCACCAGCUCCUCUGGGAGAUUUGUCAGAAUGGGAACGGCAUCCAUGCUUACAAGUCCUGAUGGGCCAUUUAUAAACUUAUCUAGACUGAACUUAACAAAAUACUCCCAGAAACCUAAAUUGGCAAAGGCUUUGUUUGAGUAUAUUUUUCAUCAUGAAAAUGAUGUUAAGACUGUUCAUCAUGAGGAUGCUGUAAGUCUUUGGAUUUCCAUAGUGUUGGUUAGGAAUAGGAAUCACAUUGAAAAAGCUGCUCUGGAGCUGGCCGCCCUCUCCACGGAGCAUUCCCAGUAUAAGGACUGGUGGUGGAAAGUGCAGAUUGGAAAGUGUUACCUCAGAUUAGGAAUGUAUCGCGAAGCCGAAAAGCAAUUCAAAUCUGCCCUGAAACAGCAGGAGAUGGUAGAUACAUUUCUCUACUUGGCAAAAGUUUCCAUUGCGUUGGAUCAACCUGUGACAGCUUUAAAUCUUUUCAAACAAGGCUUGGAGAAAUUUCCAGGAGAGGUAGCUCUGCUUUGUGGAAUUGCCAGGAUCUAUGAGGAAAUGAACAAUAUUCCCUCAGCGACUGAGUACUACAAGGAAGUUUUGAAACAAGACAAUACUCACGUGGAAGCCAUUGCAUGUAUUGCAAGCAACCAUUUUUAUUCGGAUCAACCAGAAAUAGCUCUCCGGUUUUACAGGCGACUCCUGCAGAUGGGUGUUUACAAUUGCCAGCUUUUUAACAAUCUGGGGCUGUGUUGCUUCUAUGCCCAGCAGUAUGACAUGACCCUCAGCUCCUUUGAACGUGCCCUUUCUCUGGCCGAACAUGAAGAGGAGACAGCCGAUGUGUGGUACAACCUGGGACACGUAGCUGUGGGCAUAGGAGACACGAACUUGGCCCAUCAGUGUUUUAGACUGGCUCUGGUCAACAACAACCACCACGCCGAGGCCUAUAACAACCUGGCCGUGCUGGAGAUGCGGAAGGGCCACGUCGAACAGGCCCGAGCGCUGUUACAGACUGCAUCAUCGUUAGCUCCCCACAUGUAUGAACCGCAUUUUAAUUUUGCAACAAUCUCUAACAAGAUCGGAGACCUGCAGAAAAGCUACACUGCCGCUCAGAAGUCUGAAGCCGCAUAUCCAGGUCACGUGGACACACAACACUUAAUUAAACAAUUAAAGCAACAUUUUGCUAUGCUCUGAUUGUUCUGUAGACCCAAUAGGUUCUUAGGAAAGAGCAUUGCACAAGAGCAAGAGAGCACUAUGUGAUUCUGUAUCUGUAAUACAAUAUCCGUGUGAUGCCGGGCUGGGCUUGAAAUGAAUGAAGGUGACAUAGAAAAGAGUUGAAACCGAAAAACAGAGUGGAAACUGUAUAACUGUUUCUGUGUAUGAUAUUGGAAAAUUAUGAUGAAUGUUUAUAUUUCCUAAGCAAUUUUUAUGCUUUCUGCAAAUUUUUAUAAAUGUAUAUUUUUAUAGUGCUUAUACUGUUAAUACUUACAUAGCUUUAAGGGGUCUGAAAUCAGCACUUUACACUCCCCUUCUCUGGCUGAAAGUAUGUGUAUGCUACCUGCAGACUCUAUUUAAACCUUAAGAAUUGUACUUUAAACUACUUUUUGUCAACUACUUUGUGGCUGUAUGCUGAGCUUUAAAAUAAACCAGUGUGUAAGA